AUGUUUAUUAUGAAAACAACAACAACAUUUUGCGCAGUUCUGUUCGUGUCAACAUUUAUUGGAUUCAUGUUUGGAUGCAUUAUUGAAAACAUCCCGCCGAGUCCAAUUGGAAAAAAUUUAGUCUACAAGCAGUGGAUGCCAUUUGAUUACCAGCCAAUGCCGAUUUACAUCAUCACAAACAUUUGGGUUGCAUCUGUUGCAUUGAGUGUGAUUCCAUUGCAAAUAGCAAGUGAAGGAAUCUUCUAUGCAUUAUUAAUCAUUCUGUCUUCAAAAUUUAAUGAUCUCGCUGAGAGUUUUGAGACAUUUGACUGCAAAAGUGAUGCUCAAGGAUUAAAAAAUUUAGUCGUGCAAUAUCAAGAAUUGCUGAAAAUCAGCACCGACAUCGAGUCAACAUUCUCAUUAUCAAGUUUCUUGACAUUCAUUGACAGCUCUCUCAUGAUGUGCUUUACUAUCUUACAAGUCUUCAUGAAUCAAGGACAAUGGUUUCGUUAUCAUGGCUUCGCUUCAUUCUUUGGCAUCAUUCUUUGCCACAUUUUCUUCUACUGCUAUUACUGUCAAAAACUGCAGACAGCAAACUCGAUGGUUGGUGAGAAAAUUUUAAUGAGUAAUUGGUACGAGUCAAAAAGCCGAGAUAUUUUAAGGAUGGUUCAAAUGACAGCAAUGAAAUCUCAGAAAUCAAUUCGUUUAACCGCAAUGGGGUUUACAAUCAUCACGAUGGAAACAUUUACAAAUGUUGCAUCAGCCGCUUAUUCAUAUUUCUCAUUUAUGAGUUCAUUUGUGGAUUGA